AUGAAUAUGGAGCUAUUGGAACUUUUCAAACAGUAUGGCGUCGGUCGUCGGAAGUUGGGUGACGAGCUGUUCAUUAAAGACAAACCACCUCCAAGACUCGGCGUUUAUGACGUAGACGAUGAAGAAUUAUGUCAUUCUAUUAUACAAACAUCGUGCGCCGUUCCCGGAUGUAAAUAUACCACGGAUUCGCUGUUGGACUUCGAGAAUCAUUACAACGCGACCCACAGAUACUCGUGUAGCCAGUGCAAGAAGGUUCUACCGUCACCACACCUGCUGGACUUGCAUGUACAAGAGAAACACGAUUCCUUCUUCGCUGUUAUGGCGCUCAAAAAGCCCUCGUACUGCUGCUAUAUCGAAGAUUGCAAAGAAAAAUUUCAAAAUGCCGAUGAUAGGAUGGACCAUUGUACGAAAGUGCAUAAAUUACCUAAAGAUUUCCGAUAUCAUCAGAAGUCGCAGAAAAAAAAUAAAAAACCAGACAGCUCUAUGGACAUAGACAAUGAACAGACGAGUCAAAAAGAAAAAAAGUUUAGAUUUAAUAACAGCAAGCAAAAAGGUUUUAUAAAAUUUACAGGAAAUAAAUUCACUAAGGAUGUGCAAAAUUCUACAGCUUCUAUAAAUAUGGAUGCGGCUAUGGCAGAUCUCAAAGAAAGUCUACCGUCUUAA